CAGAAGGACAGCAUCGUCCCCCCGUUUCAUAUCCAUUCUCCCCUGGCUUUUCGGGCUCAGUCUCUUACACGAGCCUCUGUGUCCUUGUCUGCAUGAUAUACAAUUUUCCAAUAUUGAUUGCUCCUGAUGUCCGAACGGAUUUCCCGUCCGUCCAGUCCAUACUUGGAGCCCCCGAGGAAGAGCGUGGAGUUGGAAGACCCGGGGGCUCAGGAAUCUACUACGAACAGUGACGACGAACAUUUUUCAGACGCCAGCGAGGGGCACCAACGCCCUGAAUCCCACCCGCCAUCCGGCCGCGCUUCCCCUGUCCCCUUAACCCGUGUGGAGAAGGUCGACGAGGAACCAUCGCAUGGGGAGGUGCCUGGAACCGCUGCCUAUGAAAUCAGGGACCAGGAUGCCGUUCCAGACCAGAUUGAAGUUAUCCCGGAGGGCUCACGCAGCAGAAGCGCUUCAGCGAGCGGCGAACGGCCUGUAACUCCGACAUCAAUUCCGCGGACAGUGGUUGAGAAAGUCGACUUAGACCAACCCAGUCAUGGCGAUAUUCCCGGCACCCCAGCGUAUGAGAAAAGAAAAGCAGAUGCAGUGCCCGAUGUGGUGAAGAAGGCGUCGGAUUCAGAUUCAGAUGAACCGUCCCCUUUACCGGGGUCCUUCGAGGCCAGUGCGGCCGACACCCCUGUUCCGGAGACGCUGCUCUCCCGCGUGGAAUCCAACGAGGACGAUGUCGAAGAAGGUCCUGUUGCUCACCAGCCAAAGCCGAUUGAUUCGGAGCCAGACCACACCGAGACCAUCCCCGAUGCACCAGGUAAGCCGGAUUUCGAUUCGCCUGCAAGCCAUCGAAGUCACACCCGCCGAGAAUCGUCAGUAAACGACGCCGCAGCCGUUGAUACGACCGGUGCGGAUGAGUUUGACGAUUUCGCCGAGGAGCAAGAAGACGACGACUUUGGAGACUUUGACGACUUCGACGAUGGCUUCCAAGAGCCCAUGGAGGCUGUCGAGGACGAUCCAGCAGAGAUACAACCCUCGCAGCCUCCCACACCUCCUUCAGUCCCCCCGCUCCUCGACCUUGACGCCAUUCCCUCCCUUGCAGACUUUCACACCACCCUCUCCGACCCCCUCGACCGCCUCUUCCCCAGCACCAAAGACACCGUCAGCCUGCAGCCCCUCGACCCGAUCCCCAACCCUACCGCCAUCUUCAGCACUGAACGCUCCCUCUCCCUCUGGUCUCAGCUAGUGGCCCCUCCCCCACUUCAGCCCCAAAACUGGGUGAAAUCCCGCAUCCGGCGACUCUUCCUUGUCUCACUUGGCGUGCCCGUCGACCUCGAUGAGAUUCUCCCAGCCUCCAAGCAAAAGAAACUCAUUCUCCCCUCUGUCAACCUCGACGACACACGUCGCUCAUCCACCCCACCAACCGCACACUCCCGCUCCCAAAGCCUAGCAGCCAAGCGCGACAGCACACAAAGUGGCCCCGGCAGCCCAGGCCCCAACCAACAAUCCAGAACCCGUACCUCUCGCCGACGAGAACCCUCCCCGCCACCUGAACUGGAUCUCCCGGCCGUACACCGCCUGUGCGCAACGACCGAUGCAGCUCUGGACGGCCUAACGGACGGAGAACUCCGCGGUCAUGUGCAGGAACUCGAGUCGGCAACGUUACGUGCAAGCUCGGUACUAGAGUACUGGUUGAAACGCUUGGACGGACUCGUCAGUGAAAAGGAGGCGUUUGAAGGCGUGAUAGAGAAUUUGGUUAGUCAUGCUAGACGAGUUCGGAAGUGAGGUUUUGUCCUCGUCUGCGACUGUGAUGAUUGUGUGAUGUGAUGCGAUGUGAUGAGAUGUUGAUAGAUCGAUUAUAAAUAUGACUAUUAAUUUAAUGAUUAUA